GAGAUGGAACCUAUUCUUCAUCACGUUAAUCAAGCACAUCUUAAAAAUGACAUCCGCUAAGGAUAGACAAUUUUAUUCUUUGCCAAAAAGAGAAGAAAAUGACGAAAUCCAACAACAAUGUGAUAAAGAAUCGCUUUUACCUUAUAUUUUCCGUAAUAUCAUAGGAGGUGACAAGGUCUUUAGUGGUCCAUUUGGUCUGAGGAAAGCAUUAUACCUUGAUUACACAGCAUCUGGAAGGUCUUUAAACUUUAUAGAAGAUUAUAUACGGAAUGAAGUUUUACCAGAGUAUGGAAAUACCCAUACUACAACAAAUGUUUCUUCAUUGCAGACUACCCUAUAUAGACAUGAGGCCAGGGAUAUAAUCCGAAAUGCAGUACAUGCCAGCGAACACGAUGCUGUGAUAUUUGUAGGCAGUGGUUCAACAGCAGCUAUACAUAAACUUAUACAUGGUCUCCAUCUAGAUCAUAAACCUGUUGUAUUGGUUGGACCAUAUGAACACCAUUCUAACUUGCUGCCAUGGAAAGAAAUUGGUGCAAAGAUUUUACAAGUGAAAGCAGAUAAAACAGGUCUUGUUGAUGUCAAUCAUCUAAUAUUAUUACUGGAGAAAUGGAAGGUAACAGGACGUCAAAUGAUUGGUUGUUUUAGUGCCGCGUCAAAUAUCACCGGAAUUUUAUCUGAUGUGAAUGCCAUUACUGUUACUUUACAUAAACACGGAGCUCUUGUAUUCUGGGAUUAUGCUACUGCUGCACCUUAUGUUAAUAUUGAUAUGAACCCAGUGGCAGUGAGUGAAGACCAGCCAUACAUGUACAAGGAUGCUGUCUUUAUUUCCUGUCAUAAGUUUGUUGGUGGAGUACAAACACCAGGUGUAUUGAUAGCUAAGAAGAAGUUGUUCCGGAACACUGUACCUGACGGUUGCGGUGGUGGAUCUGUGUUCUUUGUAAGAAGAGAACAGCAUCGUUACCUACAAGAACCGGAGUUGAAGGAGGAAGGGGGCACACCCGCCAUUGUACAAUCUAUACGAGCAGGGCUUGUAUUCCAGCUGAAGCAGUCUGUAACACCUGCAGUUAUACUGCAGAGAGAGGAAUACAUGCUGAGGAAAGCGAGAGAAGUAUGGAAAGACCAUCCGACUUUGAUAAAUCUAGGGAACAUGGAUGCACCACGUCUUCCUAUUUUCUCAUUUAUGGUGUACCAUAAACAAUCUGGCAGGUUCCUACAUCAUAAUUAUGUCAGUACAUUGCUCAAUGAUUUGUUUGGGAUCCAGGCUAGAGGAGGAUGUGCAUGUGCUGGUCCAUACGCAAUGGACUUGUUAGGAAUGGAGGAAGAGGUUAGUGAGAGAUUUGAGCAUCUACUGGCUGAAGACAGUCGACUGGAUAGAACACAUUUAAGAAGGUACAGGGAAUAUUCACAGAGGGAAAUUCUUAGGCCAGGAUUUACAAGGAUAAAUCUUCCAUAUUUUCUGGAUGAAGAAAGUUUAGAAUAUAGCCUUGAGGCUGUAAAACUGGUGGCAGAGGAAGGUUGGAAGCUUCUACCUCAGUAUAUGUUUAUUCCUGAAUAUGGUGAAUGGAGGCAAAGAGACUUUCAGGUAUUUAAGGAUAGGAAAUGGUUAGGUCAUAUAUCAUACAACAGUGGAGAAAUGAGCUAUAAAGUACCCCCACUUGUUAAUAAAGGACCACUGCCUGAUAAUUACAAGGACUGUCUUCAGAAAGCAAGAGAGCUAUUUUCACAGGCAGGAAAGGUAAAUUAUAAAGUAGUACUUAGAUACAGUUUCAGGUUGAAAUGUAACUUCUCAUGACUUUCUUCAUAUCAUGUAUGUUAUACUAUGAAAAAUAACACAUUUCUCUCAGGGUUAUGCCGGCUUGCCACGGCGACCUGGUAUUACGUUAGGAUUUUACUGAGAAACAACCUAAAACUCCGAAUCCAUCCAAAAAUUUAAUUGAAGCUUAGCUUCCAGCUUUCUACAAAAUUUAUCUAUCAGGGCUAGGAUCCAAAAUUAUUUAGCCAAUCAAAUUUGAUCUUAUAUAGCGUCAAAAAACCUUCAAUUUUCACGCCAUUUUUAAAAAGCAGCAAGUAUUGUUUUGAGCGCAAAGAUAUAAUGAUGAUUAAAAUGUUUGUUUUCAUGGAUUGUUUUCAGUAAAUCAUAUUUACACUGACUUUUGAUUUAGCGAUUUCACCAGUCCUGUUUACUCUGUAGUAAGUUUUCGUUUGGUUAAUUAACAUAAACGACAUCUGGUUCUGUGCAUUUUUUUCUUUUCCUUUUUUCCGGUCAUUUCAUCCUUUCCGGUAUUAAGUGCAUGUAUUUACUGGCCGGGAUCCGGGAUCGUAUAAGAUAAUAGAGGAAAAAACUAAUAAACUAUAUUUGUGUAAUGAAAGGCCAUUAAACGUUAAGUUUUUUUUAUUGUAUGUAAUGAAAGUUAAAUUGAUUUAACUUAGGAUACACAUAUUUAGAGCUAUUUAUUAACACAAUCUCAAUACUUAUAAUUAUAUGCCUAAUUAAUUGAAAAAAUCAAAGACUAUAUUCUUGAAUUGGUCAAAUUCCGGGAUCCCUAUAUGUUUUAAUACGAUCCCAGCUUUUCUGAAAACAAUAUUUUUGAACUG